AUUCUGCAGACAAACCUGCUGGCUUCAUCACAUCGAAGAGUAAUUCCACCUGACCAGAAGGACCGCGGUAGCAGUCACCAUGUCACCACUUUUGCUGUGGGCGUGUUUCAUCAGCUUGUUGGCGUUUCCUGUCAUGUCCAUGGGCUACCUUUGUCCUACAUGUCCCGUGUGUCCCUGUGACAAGUGUCCAUGCCCUUCGUGUCCCCCUUGUCGUUGUCCUACGUGUCGUUGUGCGACUUGUGCCCCUCCGACGACGUGUCCCCCUCUUCCUCCUAUGACGUGUCCUCCUCUUCCUCCCAUGACCACUUGUCCCAGUCUUCCUACUUGUCCUCCUCCCCAGCUGCCAACAUCCGGACCAGGUAACUGGAGUGAAAACUCUUCUCUGACGCGCGUGCCUGAUGACAUCAAAGGCUUGGGCAAACUUCUUGUGGCGCCUCAUCCGCUCGGAUUCAGAGUCGACCUUUUGGGGCUGCUCAGCGUGGGCAGUAACCUCGCCGUCAGAGGACGAGCCAAACCGAUGGCUGAGAGGCUAAUCUUCAAGCUGGCCAUGGCCAACGACACGGCGCUGCACUUGGGCUUUCGCAUCAACGAGAAAACGAUUAUGAUGAGCUCUGACCUGGAUGGUACCAAAAGCGUCGAGGAGAAAGAGGUGGCCUCCUUCCCCUUCCAACCCGGCCACGAUUUUGAGAUGAUCAUCCAGUGUGACAUCGACCGCUUCCACGUGACCGUCGAUGGCACCCACCAGCUGGAGUUCAUCUACAAGGAUGCGGACCUGCAAAGCAUUACAGCACUAAGAAUGUGGCAUGACGUGUUGCUGAGGGACGUCAGGCUGAUGUGACGUCUCCGCCGUGACCAGAUCGGAAGCCGCCAGCUGACGGACGCUUCCUGUCUGCUCGCCGUGAUGUGAACAGCAGUUGAGUCGAUUCUAACAUGACUGCUCAGUGCUGCCAACCUCUGUGAUCAGUGAUGACUAAUAAAGCCGCUGAAGAAUA